AAAAAACAAGGAACAUAUUUCCACAUAAAUUUUCACUAUUCCCUUGUUUAAUUUCUAGCCAAAACCAUUACAGUUUUGUUGGUUUAUAUCUAGAAGUUUCAUUAAUGGCUGCUUCUGGAUUUGAAGGAUUUGAGAAGAGACUUGAGCUACACUUCUCAGGGGAUGAUCCAGUGAUUGACAAUGGCGGUCUACGGCUACUAGAUUUUAAUUCCUUGGAGGAAGUAUUACAUGCUGUGCAGUGCACCGUAGUGUCAGCUGUUGCAAACCAAUAUUUCGAUUCUUACGUACUAUCAGAAUCAAGCCUCUUUGUAUACCCUACCAAAAUAAUCAUCAAGACAUGUGGGACAACACAGUUGUUAAAAUCCAUCCGUCCAUUCAUCCACUUUGCAUCUCAAAUGGGACUUAUCAUAACAGAGUGUAGGUACACUCGAGGAAAUUAUAUUUUCCCUAAAGCCCAACCGUAUCCACAUACAAGUUUUAAGGAAGAAGUUAUUUACGUACAAGACCAAUUGCCUAAUCAUCUUUGUUACAAAAAGGCUUCUGUUAUGCCUUCUAAAUUUACUUCACAUGCAUGGCAUGUUUUUACUGCUUGUGAUAAGUUUUAUCCAAUACCAAUUCUUAGUGAUACGUUCACGGUGGAAAUUUGUAUGACGGAUCUUGACCGGGUACUUGCCCGAAAGUUUUUUAAAAAUUCUGACAACAACAACAAUAUACCUAGUGUGGUCUCACAAGUGGGGUCUGAUAAACUGAUGACGGAGGUAAUCGGUAUUGGAGAAAUCAAUCCGAAUGCUUUGAUUUGUGAAUUUGCAUUUGAUCCUUGUGGAUACUCUAUGAAUGGGAUUGAUGGAGAUCGUUACUCUACGAUUCAUGUAACGCCGGAAGAUGAUUUUAGUUACGCGAGUUAUGAGUGUGUGGGGUCCAUUGACGAUUGUGAUGACAUUAUUGGAAUUUUGAAGAGGGUUGUUAAGGUUUUCCGACCAGGGACGAUGUCGGUGUCGACAACGUGUUCGGGCAGUAACAAAGAGAUUUGGACCAGAAUUGUUAAAGCCGUCGAGCCACUAGGGAUGAAAAGGCGGAGUUGCACGAUCGAUGAAUUUCCAGCUGCCGGAACUGUGGUGUUUCAAACUUUUACGACAAUAAAAAAAUAGGUGAAUUUUAAUGUUGAAUGCAUCGUUUAAAUUCUGAAUUCGUGUUUAACCUACUAUAUAAUCUCAUGGUGGUGUACGCGGGAAAAGGUUUGAAAAAGUAUAUGGUUGAAGUAUUAAAGAAUUAGUAAAUCUGGCAUGUGUUGAUACAUUAUGAUAAUACAUAUCCCACUUAUGUUUUGUCGCGCACUCACGCCUAGCGAGAAUUUUGUAAACUUCUACUAUAGUUUAUUUCUCUGGUAAAGUCUUAACGCUUUUUCUUUUGCCUUAGUUUAAAAAUAGAGAGUAGA